GAAGGUAUCGUGCUCGGACUGAUGUUGUAGCUGCUGUGUUUGGAUCGUUUUACAUAAGAAGAGAACACUCAAACUAAACGUUUAAUUAUUCGCCUAUUAAGUAGGUACUAAACGUUAACAAGUAAGUAGCGAGUACUUGUUUAAUAGUUUAUAAAUAAAAAAAAAUAUGUUGACUUAAUAUUGGACAUCAGCUCAAAAGUCCGAAUACAUUUUCUAUGGAAUUCAUCAGAAUACAUUUGAACACCGACAAAUCAACCAAAUAUUAAUAUGAAACGGUAUCGAGUCGAAAAUCAAUCGUACUAAUGUUAUAAAGAACACCGAUGAACACCACAAUGGGAGAGUACAAUAAUUAUUUCAUGGGGAGCUUCAACAACAUUGAACAGAGAUGUCCUGGAUACUAUUGCGGUCGGCGUUUGCUGGCAAACGGACGUAACAGCGACUGUGGAUCAUGCCCGACCGGUACGCGAGUCAAUUCAUCGCACAUGUGUCAAAUUUGUACGGAUUCGCCGUCGUCCUAUGACUGGAUGUACUUGUUGUUCAUGGCCACUGUGCCCUUAUUAUUCCACGCAGUAUACAUAGAUUUAUCGUCCAUGUCGUGGACGUCUCAAGCGAAAAGGAAAAACACUAGCACAAAGAUCGUGUUGUAUAUUUCUGCAACGCUAGAAGUGGUCGCCGCCGCAGUUCUGGCCGUGUUGGCCGUCGAUCCCUUUGGUCAAUUAUCGAUUCGUUCAUGUCAUACACAAUGGUUGUCCGAUUGGUACACGGUACUGUAUAAUCCGACGCCAGAUUAUCGUGAACCCUUGCGGUGUACGCAAGAAGCCGUUUAUCCGCUGUAUUCGAUGAUAUUUAUUUUCUAUUUGGCUUGUAUAAUCGCCAUGAUAUUGUUCCGACCACUUUUGUCCACGUACUUCAGUUUGAGCAAAUCGGCGUACUUGAAAACGGUGUACGCUGGAUUGUACUUUUUCCCCAUCGCGGCCGUAACGCACGCAUUUUUAGGAGGCAUCGUCUAUGUCACAUUUCCGUACAUUGUUAUCGUUUUGUCGGUCGUGUCGAGCGCAAUACAUUUUGCCACAGAAAUCAAUCAGUCCACCAGGUACUUGAUCGUCAACACAGUGUGUGUGCCGAGAAACGUAUUGAUUGUGGCCAUACACUGGAUAAGCCAUGGAUUCGGUAUAGUGGCCAUCACGCAGUUGGCUAAUCCACCGACAGACUAUGCACUAUUGUUACUCGUACCUUUACCGACUGUAUUUUACAUAGCAACUACGCGUAUAAGCGAGCCGUCUAAAAUUCUCGUAUUGUAAAUAGGUAGACAACAAGUCAUUUUCUCAUUUGUGUUUAAUUUAUAUACUUUUUACUACUCUGUACUGUUGUUUUUGUAAUAUAAUCGUGUACAAUUUAAAUAAUAGUAA